UUCUGGGAUGUGGUCAGAUCUUGGUUUCUGAGGGUUUGUCACCGUGCAGUUGGUAGAACGCUUAAGGAUUUAAUAACAAAACAGAAAAAACAAUUAAAGUGAAAUAUGUUGUAAUUAAUUAAUGAAAUAUUAUAUCCGAAGGUGAAUUAUGCGAUUUUCAUGUAUGGUUGAUGACAUGUUGGUGUUGAUGACGCGCGAUUCGUUAAAACUCGAGGCGGUUAGAACCUAUGAACUGACGACCCCCAAAAGGAAAAGAUAAACAAUUUUAAAUUUGACCCGAUGAAAAUCCGUUGGAUGUGUUUAUACAUUUUGUUGGAUCCUGUUCGAACUUAGCAGAACUUUCGACCUUGGACAAGAUGUUCUAUGCGAUGGGCGAAGAGGAGAGCAGCGAUGAUGAGGCAUCACGAGAUUGUGCUAGGCACCCUAAAUCAACCUAUUUUCAGACAGAGUUUACAAUCUCUAUAAACAAGAGACCAGAGGAGUGUGAAAGUAAGGAAAGUGGAGACGAAUACGUGACGGGUAAAUAUGAAAAGAGUAAAAGGAAAGUGAGCAUAUCAGUGCAGGCCGAUGAGGACAUCAUAACGGAAAAGUGUUCCGAUGAGGAGAGUAAGAAAUGGGAAAGACCUCCUCUUGUAGGGCAGGCGUCGACGGAACUUUUCUCCGAUGACGAGAUAAUUGAUGACACAUAUAAAGAUGAACAGUCAGUGUAUGUAUCGACGGAUGAUUACCCAAACCGAAAGGACUAUGCGUUCGAAAGACCUCCAGAGGGGGCUUCAUUGGAACAGCGUGUUCCUUCACCAGCCAGUGCGUCGAGCCUUGUCUCCGUCAAGCCGCUCGAGUGGGAUAGCGGUGCAGACGUAGGCUACUUUCCGGGUGGCCAGGGCGAUGCGCAGCUUUCGACCAUCGAGCGGAUGGCUCUCAACGGCAGUCGGUUGAAACGCUCUGAUCCUGAAGGGACACCCUGCACCAAUGGCCCGCCACCGUUGCAGCCCCUUGGACCACCCGAAGCCGAGUCUACGCCUAUUUCCACCAAUGGUAAUACGAAGAACACAACUGAGGCUGACGAACCAAAGCAAUAUCCACUCUUUCCAGAGGUAAUUAAAGAAAUGAUUUUGGUUAAUCAGCAUGAAGUGUCUGAUUCGGAAGUUGAAGAGCAAAGAGUCACGAGCAGCCCCACAUUAAGCAACGCGGCUAUCAGGAACAUCAAGGAAUUCUACGGUUCUGCCACUUUUCCUAGAUCUCAGUGUCAGACGAGCGUCAGCCAAGAGCUCAACCCGCGCAUCCGCCAGCUUGCUUUCAACAAAUCUAACUCCUCGUCGUCAGUCGCGACUGUUGUCAAAAACAGAGCUCAGUCUGCUCAGAGCCAAGUGGACAGCAAGCCCUCGGAGACAGAUUCAGUACAGACAGCUGCCAACAGUUUCGAGUACUUGCCCGGUGAUAAGUAUGAACCUCCGGAUGAAUCGCCCAACCUGAAACGUGACGUUGAACGAGGUGUUAAGCUACUGGGUGAAUUCAUGAAAGACGCUGGUGCCAAUGAUACACUUACUAAGAAGCAACUUUUGAAAAAGGUUGUUGAUGGACUUCUUGAAAAAAGAUACCCAGAGGAUGAAGAAUGGGAAGCGUCAAUUUUCCAGGGGGAAAGGUGCAUGACGAGGCGGAGUCAGAACAGAGAUGAUGUAUCAGGCCAGUCUACACCAGUUGAUGAAAACUCGCAUGAUUCAGUGCUCAGCAGGAUGGAGAAAAGUGCGGCAGAAGGUCAUUCAGCAUCAUCUGCCUCCUGUCAAGGCAAGAAAUCAAAUUCAACAUCCAACCACAGUUCCAGGAGUGAUUCGAGGCCCAAGGCUGAGGGUCAAGUUCCGCCGGCGCCGAUCCCACCCCCUCCACAAGCCAAAACGAGCUCCUCAAAUGAAAGGUCGAAGGCGGAUUCAGUACUGUCAGCUGAGAGGAACCGAAAGGAUUGGAGAAUCCCCCAAACAAAAGCAGAACAUCUUUAUGAAUUAGAAAAAUCCAAAGAUAAAAACAAAGCAAUGGACGAUAGAGUUCUUCAAUUUAUCAGCUCCGAACGUGAAAAUCAGCUUGAAUGGAUUAAAAAAGAAAUAAAUCAUUUAAGCAACCUUAAAAAGUUGUUAGAAAAACACGAAACUCUAAAAAAGAAUUUUGCACAUUUGAAAAAUUCUAAAGAAAGGACAAAGUCAAUGUUAGAAUCUAAGUACUCAAGAAAACAAAGGAGAGAUAUACAAAAAUCGAGUUCUGCGCCAUUGAAGAGACCUGUGGAAAACCACCUGUCAUCGGACCAGAGUAGCUGGCUAUCACACAAAUAUGAAAGAUCAUCAGGAAACCUUCUUCGGCGGAAUGCAUCCACAAAUACAGGUCUGUCUGUAGUUACUGAGAUCACAAAACUACCAAAAAAAUCUGUCGCCUAUACGAUUAUUUUCCAAGAUAGUGAUAAAGAAAACGGAAAUGUACAUAGCUCGGAAAGAGGAAGAAAAGUGAUGGAUCUUGGUACAGAUCCAGAUCCUCCCAGAAUUCACGGCGUGACUAUUGCUGAUAGGGAAGAGCUUAAGCGCAGCAGCCGAGAUAAAGUCAAAGAACAUCUAUCGCAUCUUAAGCUCCAGGAUGAAUUGAUGGCUAAAAAACCCGAUUAUAUAGUCAGGGCGGAAAACAGGAGACAAGUCGUUGCUGAGCUGGCUGCACAUCGAGAGUUAAGACAACAGAACAAAGACAAAAUAUUAGCUGCAGCCAUGAGCAAUGAAGCUCCACACCCUUGUGAAAUCCCCCUAAAACCGUUAGUCAAGAGAAUUGUGAGUCAGAAAGAGAUGAGGAGCCAAACAGAGAAGAAGUACAAAGGGUUAGCUGAAAUCAAACAGAAACAGUUGGAGCAGAGAAGGCAGCAGGACUAUCAGACCAACCGCCUCAUGGCAGACUUGUUCAAAAGGAAACUACAGAGGAAAGUGCUCUACGGUCAGACUGAUCUUUCUAACAGUGUCAACGUCAUUUCAAGCUGCUGAUUUAUUAUUUAUAUGGCAGAAAGGUUUUUAUAAAUGCAUACAUGUACACGACACUAAAAUAGUUACUGUAAAUUUGUUAUAUAUUUUCUUACUGUUUAUAAAUGUAAAUUAAUUUUGUACCUUCAUUUUUUGUAUUUUUGUAAAA